UUCAUUGACGGCACGACGCUCGCGGAAGUGCGCCCCACGGACCGUACGGAUUUUCAGGCCAAAUCCGGCGCGCCGUAUCUGUUUGCGCAUCGGGUGGAUUUGCACGCCGCGUUGCGAGAGUUGGCGACAUGUCCCAACGGCCUGGCCCCACCAGCAGAUUUACACACUUCAAGCAUGGUCGUGGACUACGACGCCGAGACGGGUAGGGUCAAGUUUGCAGACGACAACACGUGGACGGAGCCGACGGGUUUGGUCGUUGCGGCCUGGCGUCCACUCGCGCGCGGCAAGCCAUAUCCUGGACCCGGGCCUCGAGUGUCCCGCCGCCCACGCGACGGGCAGCACGGUCAUCCGCUUCCUGAUCCCGACAGAUCUGCUGCUUGCCGGUCCCGUGACGGCUCCGCUGCUCAAGUACGGCGAGGGUCAUUGCUCGUUCUACAUACGCGGGGAUAAGAGGCGGUGGCUCGUCUGCUACCCGUGUCGGGCCAACACGCUGCAGAAUCUCGGCAUGUACGUCGACCGGGCCGCUCGAGUCGGGCAACGGGAAAAACGGCUGGAAUCAGAAAUGCGACCGCGACGUUCUGAGGGCUGCGCUGGAGGGGUUUCACCCGGCACUGCCCCGUGGGAGUGCCAUUCUCCCGCUGUGGCGGUACGCCGAGAGGGACCCCCUGCCGAGAUGUACGCGCCGAAAACUCGUCGUCAUUGGAGAUGCCUGCCACCCUAUGCUCCCUCAUCGCGGGUCCGGGGCCAUCAAUGCGAUCGAGGAUGCCGCUGCGUUGGGCGCGCUAUUUGCG